AUGAAGCCGCGUGAUGCUGCUUCUGUCAGUGGGUAUCAUCGAACCUCCAGCGUUGCAGUAGCCCAUAUACCGCGCAAACAUGGCAACGAUAGCAAGCGAAAAAGCAAAGGCGCUACGUUGCGAUUACAGCAUCCUGAGGUUCCAAAGGCACUCGGGCCCGUCGGCCCAGCCAGAAAGCAAAAGAACUCGAAAAUGCAGCAAAAUAACUGGCUGCAAGACGUGAUUGAGUUUUCGCAUCAAGACAGCGCUAAUCUUAAUUCGGGUAUAGCCCCGAGAAAAGUUUCCUCGAAGUCCUGUUCCGUUCCCAACAAGUCUUCCAGCUGGGGAUCGAGGCCCAUGAACCAAGAGAAAGCAAAAUCAACGCCGAUAAGUGUAAAGGCUGAACACGCAGUGGCGGAAGCACUUCAUGAGGAGAUUUUGGCGUAUAGCUCUUACACAAAAAAGAUGGUGGACAAGAUGGCUGUGCACGUUGAACAAAUGAUCACAAAUGUACGUGCUAGCGUCCAAUCGAUCUGGUCACAUGCCAAAGUUGAAACAUUUGGGUCGUACUCAACAGGUAUUUGGCUACCCAGUAGUGACGUGGACCUUGUGAUUUUAAAUGUGGUUGAGAAUAAUGACUCGCUGCUGAUCUCAAAACACUUACGAGAACUGGCAAAAGAGCUCGAGACAAAGGCUUGGGUUGACUCGGUAUUGUGCUUAGAUACAGCUAAAAUACCAGUGCUGAAGCUUAUGACUGCUGAACCGUCCGUGCCCAUCGACAUCACAUUCGAGUCGGCAGCGACCCACAGCGGAUUGCUCGCGCGCGAUCUUAUCAAGCGCUACGCUGACACCAUGCCUGAACUCUAUCCCUUGGCGAUUGUGAUGAAGCAGUUGUUACGGGAACGCGAUCUGAACGAUGCGUAUACAGGUGGUCUUAGCUCGUAUUCGGUUGUGCUCAUGAUUAUUCACUUUUCGCAGCUGUGGCGAAAUGGGGACCUGUGCUUUCAAGCAGCCUCAAUUUACGCGUCAGGAUCGCUGCCACCUGAGCCGUCCAAGAUGCAAGCGUUUAAAGAGAAGCGUUUACGGAUAGAUUUAUCUUCUAAAAACGGUAAUGGUAAGCCUGUCGACACUUUGUUAACCGAAAGCAAAACAGAACGGCCCGAAAUAUCCACAGUUGAUCAACAGAAGAAGUCAGUCUCGUUGCCAGCUCCGUCUUAUGCAGCGAUUGUAGCAAGACAACAGGCUGCAGUGAACGUGAGGUGCAGCAGAUUGUCUGAACCAAAAUUAAGCUAUGCUGCGGUUGCAGCAGGUAUUGCUGGAGUGUCUAACUCCAGUAAACAAGCUAAAACUCCAUCUAGCUAUGCUGCAGCGGUAUCUACACCAGCGAAACCAAAAUCUUCUACAGCCAAUUGCAAAAGCGAAAAGAUGCCGAAGCAGCAUACAUCGCUAGAUUCGAUCAGCGUAUCAAGCAGCAACGCGGACACAGAGGAUUCGAGCUCAUCUUGCAGUCGCUCUUCCUCAGUCGAUAGUGACGACGAGGUGCAGAUACAGCAAAAGCCACAUCUAUCACUUGGCCAGCACUUGAUGAUGAUUUUUGAGUUUUUUGGCAUCAUUUUUGAUUAUCAAAAGAACGGACUUUCCGUGCGCAAUGGAGGAUACAUUUACAGACUUGCGGACUGUCAUCGCUUUAACGUUGGCAAACCAGCAUUGGUAAUUGAAGAUCCUAUCCAUCCAGAUCGUAAUGUCAGUGCUAGCAGCUUUGCCUUCCCCAAAGUGGUGGCGCUGUUUGAAGACUCGUAUUACGCUCUCAGGUACUUUCGUACGUCAAAAUUCACACCAUCGGCUUUGAGCUGUUUGCUCAGUACGUCUGGUCAUUUAAAUCAUACCAUCAGUCACAACAAAGUACGUUCUGCUCCAUCAUAG